CUCUCUCUCUCUCUCUAUUGGACGACUAUCAAACCCCCCUUCUCUCUCUGUCAAUGGGCUACUCAGAAGUAGAGAGAGACGAGCCACUGAGCCCGCUGGGCCGGCUGUUCCUCACAACCGACCAAAUAGUCCACUGCAUCAUGGGCUGCGAGAACCCAAUCGACGUCGCGGCCGUCACAUUCGAAAUCGCCAACUCCGUCAUGAUCCAGCUCCCCCGAUUCUCCAGCCUCUUGGUCCGAGACUCCCACGGUCGCGAACACUGGCGCAAAACCCAAGUUGACGUCCCCCGCCACGUCAUUGUUGUCGAAGACCCCGUCUCCGACGCCGCCGAUGAAGAAGCGGUGAACGACUACGUCGCCGAUCUCGCCGUCUCGGUGCCUCUCAGCUCCGACAAGCCGUUGUGGGAGGUACACCUAUUGAAGGCUCACAAUUGCAUUAUUUUUCGGAUCCACCACGCAUUGGGGGACGGGAUUUCGCUAAUGUCGAUCCUUCAGGAGUGGUGUCAGAGGGCCGGUGAACCGGAUCGGAGGUUGAGUAUGGGUUCAAUGGGUACUUAUUCUAAUUCGUCGUCAAACCGGGUGAAACGAAGGAGGGCGUUGUGGAAGGUAGUGGUGGGAAUGCUGAUGGGGUUGUGUUUUAUUGUGCAAUUCGUGUUGAGGGCUUUGUGGAUUAAAGACAAGAAGACCGCUGUGAGUGGCGGUGCUGGGGUGGAGUUGUGGCCGAGGAAGCUUGCCACAGCGAAGUUUUGGUUGGAUGAUAUGAAGGUGGUGAAAAUUGCUGUUGCCGAAGCGACUAUUAACGAUGUGCUUAUUGGCGUAAUUUCAUCUGGUCUAUCAAGAUAUUUGGAUUUGCGAUCCCCAAGAGCUCUUCAAGACGGUGUUCAAAUUACGGGACUAGCCAUGGUUAAUUUGAGGAAACAAUCAGGAUUACAGGAACUUUCGGAUAUGAUGAGAGGCGAUUCAGGAAUUCGGUGGGGCAACAAAUUUGGUAUGCUUCUCGCACCUGUUUAUUAUCAUCAAGGUGGAGCUAAUCCUCUACAGUAUGUGAAGAUAGCCAAACAAAUGAUGGACCAGAAGAAACAGUCUUUGGAGGCUCAAUUCUCUUACAACGGGGAAAAGUGUAUCAUGAUCUAUUUUGGACCACAGGUUGCAAGCUGGCUUAACUACAGGAUUGUUUGCAACACAACCUUUACUAUCUCAAAUGUGAUAGGCCCAAAAGAGGAAAUUACAAUUGCCGGCAAUACUGUAAAGUAUCUGAGGUUGAAUAACACUAGCCUACCCCAUGUAAAACUUCUGAAACUCGCCCUGAUUUUCCAUCCGAUCAUUCUUGAAGCCAGGAAUCCUCCAUUUGCUUUGUUGAAAGUGCCACAGGAAUCCUCCAUUUGCUUUAUUUUCAGGGUUGCUACCAAACCAGAAAACCCUUUUUGGUGGAAUUAAAGCUAUGCCACAGCAAGUGUUUUUUGUCAAACUAAACGGAGUAUAAAGUCUACUGAAUAGGCUGAAUAAUAUGGCUAUUUAUAUGUUUUUGUUGUUGGUGGUGAUGGUGCAGGCAAUCACAAUGCACAUGUUGAGCUAUGCAGGAAGAGUUGAUAUGCAAAUACUAGUGGCAAAAGAUAUCAUACCUGACCCACAAGUUCUAGCAAAGUGCUUUGAAGAUGCCCUACACCAAAUGAAGGAGGCUGCAACUAAAGAAUGAGGAAUACGUGGAAUAGCACCUUAGAAAUACACUGUUGUAACAAGAUUUACAUUCAUGUAACAAAAGCGGGAAAAAGAUUAUGAGUAGUCGAAGAAGGAGAUUUAAGGAUAUCCUCGUUAGGUAUGAUAGGAUGCUGCUUGUGGCUGAUCCGAGGCAGUGCGCCGAAGAAGUUCCAUAAAUUGUACCGUUAAACUUCAUUUUCCCAUAUGCUUCCUAUUAUUCUGUUAUUUUAGUUUUUUUUUUUUUGUGGAAUUAUGUUAUUAAUCCUAGAGGAUGAUUAUGUCGUUUUGGUGAAUUGAGAGACUUUGAUGUUAUUGUUUUUAAUUUUGAAUGUGAACUGCUUCGGUUGAUUUGUUUCGAUGCCACAAUAUUACUCUA